GACUGGGUAAACUGGAGGCUGAGUUAUCAUCAUACUCAUGGCUUCACAAUAAGACACCUCGCUUCACCAUUACUCGUCCAAUCACCCUUCCUGAGUGUGUUGCUAAUAACACUACUGUUGAUGUCAGUGUGCAGGUCUACCAUGGUAUCAUUGAAGAUGUAAAAAUGACAAACCAAGAUGUUUGUCCAGAUGUUGCAGACCUGAUUCAUGAAGUUGGUGGGGCAGUAAAGGGGUCACAGUUCAGUGUUGAGAUUUUCAAUGAUUUAACCAACCGAAUGCGUCUUCCACAGCCCCUCCGCACCCAGCGGUCUGUGAUGUAAGUUGAAGAUUGAAGAUAUAGCAAGAUUUUUAUAUUAUGAUUAGUUUUGAAAAUUUUUGACCUUUUGGUGGUUGGGUAUAUUUUUCUAUAAGGAAUGAUUAUGAUGAAUAUGAGUUUUUGUUUAUCAUAAAAUGUCUAGUGGAAUAACGUUGAAAAGUACUUAAAUGUAAUUUUCACAUUCAGGAUAUAAAAAGAAUGAUGUGUUUCUUAAUAUUUUCAGCAUUGUAUAUCCAGCAAAUACUGUAUAGGCUGUGCAGUGAUGACAAUACUGUAAACUGUUAGAUACAGUAUAUAGAUCUGUUAAUUUUCCAUACUUGUAAUGUUAAUAUAGGUUAUAAUUUGACAAGUGAAUGAAUUAUGUUACACCGUAUAUUCUUUGUUAAAUAUUAAAGGUUUUAUACAUGUA